CCUUCUACUUUUCUUCCUUCUUUCCAUCAUGAAAAUCCCGUUCUCUGUUUAGUUCUCAAAUCAGAAAUUUCCAGAAACUUUUCACUUGUUCUCUGUAACAAUUUCUUCAUUUUCAAAUCUCAAUCUCAAAAUUCAAUAUUUUCUAUACACUUUCAGUAAAUUUUGACUGAGUUGCUUCAAUUUUGUAUCCACUAGUUCCUGAAAUUUCUAUUUUCGGAAGUUUUUUCUCAGAAUUGAAAAUCUCCAUUUUUAUCAAAUUGGGUCUUUGUUUUCUUCUUCUUUUUGUUAGUAAAGUUUGUGUUUUUAUCGAUAAAGGAAAAAACUUUUCUCACAUUCUUCUUCUUCUUAAACCCCCUUUUGAUAUAAGAGUUUGAUUUCUUCCUUUAAUUUUUAGGUCAAAAAAGCUUGAAAAAAUCCUGGGUUCUGAAGGGACAAGAAGAAUAUCAUAUCAGUUCCAAUAAAGUUUCCACUUGUACAAAUUUUUACUAAUUUUUCUUGUCCUUUGAAUUUCUCCCGCCUUGUUUCUUUUACUUUUUACAGUGUCUGGAAUGAUUUUGAGUGUAAUGAGAUCUCAAAAGAAGAUAUUUGUUCAAUUUAAUGAAAAUUUUGUGUUGAAUUUUGAGAAGUUGUAGUCAUGGGUAGUGGUGGGAGAGUUGUGGAGGUUGUUAGUAGUAAAGGGUGUUCUAAAUUGAUUGUUGAUUUUUCAUCUUCAUUGAAUGCAUUGAGGAACUUGAAAUUGAUUGAAUCCAUGUCUUCUGUGCCUUCAUCGGCUGCUUCUGAAUGUGGUGGUGGUGGUGGGGUUGGUGGUCCAUUCACUGGUUUGGUCAUUUGUGUUACUGGACUAUCCAAAGAAGCGAGAAAGCAAGUUAUGAAUGCAACGGAAAAGUUGGGGGGUCAAUACAGUCCUAAUCUGCAUCCACAGUGCACUCAUCUGGUUGUUCAGAGCUUUGGUGGAUACUCGUACAAAUAUGAGCAUGCUUUGAAGCAUGGAUUGAGAAAUGGCCUAUUAGUUGUUACCUUGGGAUGGUUUGUAGACAGUGUUAGAAGGAAUGCUAGGUUGAGUGAAUCACUUUAUGCUGUUAAAAAUGUGAUCGAAAAUGUUGCGCAAUUAGACUUCAAUAGAGUAGUUGGAUCCAAUGGCAGUGAGAAAUCCUGUCUCCCUGUUGGGGUGCAUGAAGUUACAAAACAAUCCAGAUUAAGUGAGCAAUCCCAGUUACAGGGGGCUGGAAAAGAAGCUUUUAGGAGUAAAGAAUCAGUAUUUGCUGGCCAGUUCAUGUAUCUUGAUUCAGAACUUUCGGCUGAGCUGAAACGUAAGGUCAUUGAUGCAGCAACUAGGGAAGGUGCUAAGUUUGUAGAUCACUGGUUUGUUGGAUGCGGAGCAACACAUAUAGUAUGUGAAGGACCUUCAGUCCAGAAAUACUUGGGCCAUACGAAUAAUUUAGUCACUCCUCUGUGGAUCCUCAAAACAGCAAAGGAAAAAUCAUCGCAGAGACUCGUUCAAUUGUCCACUGACCUAGCUAAGCAAGUGACAGUGUUGCUAGAAGAUUUUCAAAAUGGCAUUUCUGGGCAGGAUACUGAUGGGGUUGAUGGUAUCCAACGUGAUCCCAAUUCCAGAGAGCGUCAAGCAGGUAGAAAAAGCACAGAGAGCCCAGUAGAGAGGCAACAGCUGGUUAGUUUGGCCAAAACUGGAGUUAGAAAUCGCCGAGGUCGCCGCAUGCAGAUGCAGACUUGUCAAACUCCGAUUCGUCCAAUUACACCUAGCAGCCUUUUAGAUUCAAUCUGCUGGUCUAUAUCAGAGCCAACUUCAUCUGCUUGUAUCUACACGGACUCUUCUGGAACAGAGGAUUCUAAUGAACAACACACAUCCAUGUUCUUUGAUGCAAGAGCAGACGGAAAGGAAUCAGAAACUACAUUUGAGCAUUUUUCUCGUCCUCUAAGAGAAAGUGAGAAAUCAGAGUUGGUAUUCAAGAGUCAUUUUCUUACCAUAUUGUUCCCAAUUGAUCGGUUUGGGGAGAUGGGGCCUUCUUCUAGAACAUUUUUCAGCGAUAAAGGUUUUGCGUGUUUGCAAGUGUUGGAUCAUGUUUAUGCAUUUUAUCAGGAAAAUUUGUCACAGAAUGAAGUAAAUGCUGCUAUUCACACUGAUUCUAGACACGCAGACAAGCUCCGAUCAAUUUAUGCCAGCCAAGAAUCUUUCAAGAACGGUAUUGUGCAAUUCAAACGUAUUGAUUUCUUAGGAAGUAGACGAAGCUUUGAAAUGCUUAAACGUGUUGGGGGAGAUAAUAAUAGUAACGUUUAUGAGCUGUUGAUUAGAGCAUGAAACUCUUAAUCUUUUCCUUCCGAAACAAAUCACUUUCUCCCCAUGGUGGGUCUGGUUAAGAACCCAUCACGUGCAGAAAAACAACCAUGUCGACAAGUUUACAGUGUAGGGUUUCGAAGCCCGAAGUAGUUAUAAAGUGUAAGGCAGGGCUUAAGUUGAAUACAGUAAGUAUAAAUACCACUCUACAGAAUAAGUAAAUAAGAAAAAAACAGAAAGAAUGAAACAGAAGGAAAUAUACAUUUCGGGUUUCCUUGGAACUUCUUCCUAUACUGUAAAUUUUGAUCUUCUACAAUAUAGAAACCAUGUAACAAAUUUAUAUUGCCUUCUACUUACUACUUAUAUACGUCUCCCUAUCUUCUAUCCAUUGACUGUAAUUUUAUUC